AUGUCUACCGAUGACUCACAGUUCCAGAAGAUCGGAGAUCUGGUGGAGCGAAAUGAAGACACCGGUGCUAUGCAGGUGGAGAGUCUCUGCAUGAACUGCCAUGAGAAUGGAGUGACCACACUGUUGCUUCUUCGUGUUCCAUACUUCAGGGAUAUUAUAUUGGAAUCUUUCGAAUGCCAGCACUGCAACUUCAAAAACAACAGCGUUAAGAGCGCAGGACAGAUCCAAGAGAAGGGUACCAAGUACACUCUUGAAGUUGAGAACUCCGCGGAUAUGCAGCGCCAGGUUAUUCGCAGUGAUGUCUCCAUUUUCAAAAUCGAGAGUAUUGGUAUCGAGAUGCCUAAGGGCGAUGGACAAAUGACCAACGUCGAGGGUGUUGUCUACCGUAUCUACGAACAUUUAUCUAGUGACCAAGACCUGCGCAAAGAGCAAGCGCCUGAGCUUUACGCGGCCCUCGAGCCUAUUAUUCAGAAGCUGAAGGAUAUCCUGGAUGGCAACGGAUUCCCGUUCGUCAUCUCAUUGGAUGACCCUACCGGUAACUCUUGGAUUGCUCCCAACACUGAAGACCGCGGCAAGAAAUACGUCCGCCAGGAAUACCCCCGCACCCAUGAGAUGAAUGAGGAGUUAGGAAUUAGCGCUGAUGUUGAAGCCCAAAAACACGAAGCUACCAGCUUUGGGAACCCCGAAGAUCUUGACAUUGUCGACGGCCAGGUCUACAGUCUUCCUACUGAGUGCCCCGGCUGUACUAAGGAGUGCACUACUAACGUGAAGAAGCUGUCAAUCCCCUAUUUCAAGGACGUCAUUGUCUGGGGAACGGCCUGUGAUGCGUGUGGCUACAAAUCCUCAGAAAUCAAGACCGGCGGAGAGAUCCCCGACAAAGGAAAGAAAAUCCACCUGCAGGUCGAGAACACUGUCGAUCUGUCCCGCGACAUCUUGAAGUCCGACACUUGCGGUCUUAUCUGUGAGGAGCUUACACUUGAGAUUGCUCCCGGCUCGUUAUUUGGAGGUCGCUUCACCACCGUCGAGGGUCUCCUUACUGAGGUCCGUGACCAAUUGAAGUCGCAAAUCUAUGACCUUGACGACUCUGCUGGCACCGGCGGAGAUAGCAUGGUUUCCAGCGAUAAGGACAAGUGGGCUGCUUUCUUCUCGAAGCUUGACCAGGCUAUCAAUGGUGAACUCAAGUUCACUAUCACUCUUGUCGACCCCUUAGCCAACAGUUACGUCCAAGACCUGUGCGCGCCUGCUGCUGAUCCUCAGCUUAAGACCGAGGAGUACGAGCGCACGGAGGAGGAGGAAGAAGAUUUGGGCCUGAAGGACAUGAAAACCGAGGGCUACGAGGCAGAUGCAAAGAAGAAGGGAGAGGCUGAGAAGAAGCCAACAGAUGCUAUGGACGAUCUUCUUGAGGCUUCUCUUGGCAAAUAA